UGUUGAGUUGUUGCAGUUGACAGAGUCCACUCCAUGUAUUCCGGCUCUACAAAUCCAAUGUAUUGACGUGAAUCUCUUAAAUGACACCCCCAUGCAUGCGUGCAAUGCCCUGGAAUUUGUCGACUGCUUCUUGAUUAAACCCUCCUGAAAUAGACAUCCUUGUAAUACUCGAUUGUCCCCCUCCCUCUAGUAAAGUAAGUUUUUAAGGUGAAUCCACCAAUGUAGGAGGUCGUGCGGUGCGAAAUCAGUUGCUUCUUUGUCCCUUUAUCUAAAGCUAAAUCCCUAUCCCUCAACAUUUAUAUAUACACCUUUGAAGCGCAAACGGAGGAGGGGAUAGGGGAGACGUACUAGCGCGCCUCAUUGAGGGAUUUUCAACCAUGGCGUCUUCUCUGCCGAAACAGCCUCUACUAUUGUUCAUCUCCUCCUUGUUCCUGGUACUCCUUUUGUCGCCUCUCGUGCUCGGGUCAUCUAGAGGAGGCGGCCGACCUGCUUCCCUUACGUACCACAGAGGACCUCUCCUCACCGGGAAUGUCAAGUUAGGGCUAGUGUGGUACGGACCUUUUGGUCGUGUCCAGAAGAACGUUAUCCGGAGCUUCAUCGAGUCCCUCAACUAUAGGGACCAGCACGGCGCCUACGUGGAGCCUCAGGUGUCCGCCUGGUGGCGUGUCAUUGAGAGCUACCGGCCAAGGAGGAGGGGCGUGGUGGCUCCCAUCAACGUGAAGGUGGUGCGCCAAAUCACCGACAAGAAUUACUCCGUCGGCAAGGUGUUGAUCAUGGACUUCAUCCCUGGUCUCGUCCAAAAGGCAACGGGCGGGGACAAGAAUACCAUUGCCGUCAUCUUUGGCGCCAGGGGUGUCACCGUUCAAGGCCUUUGCAUGGGCAAGUGCUCUCAACACGGAAUCCUCGGGAGGCAGCCAUACAUUUUGGUAGGAGACCCUGAAACCGAGUGCCCAGGGACGUGCGCAUGGCCAUUCUACCCAUCCGACUACGGGCCGAAAGGUGUGACGUUGCAGCCGCCGAGUGGGAACGUGGGUGCAGACGCCAUGGUCGUAUCCUUUGCCUCGGCAUUGGCAGGAAUUGUCACCAAUCCUUAUAACAGCGGGUUCUACCGAGGGUCCCUAACGGAGCAGAUCGAGGCUGGGACGGCAUGCCCUAACAUGUUCGGAAGCGGAGCCUUCCCCGGUUACACCGGCAAGGUGCGGGUCGACCCCGCCAACGGCGGUGCCUUUAAUGCUCGAGGGAUCCAUGGCAAGAAGUUCUUGCUUCCCGCGGUUUGGAACCCGAGAACUUCCUCUUGCUGGACUCCCUUGUAAUUUCAUUAUAGGCAGACAAGAGGGUUAUCCAGGGUCCUCAUCUUUCUUGCACGUUAUCCACAAAAUUAAAUCGCGUUCAAAUUUUCACCCAG